AUGUCCACCUCCCGUAAUGUCCUGUCUGAAGAGCAGUUCCUGUGCUCCAUCUGUCUGGAUGUGUUGACUGAGCCAGUCUCUAUUCCAUGUGGACACAACUUCUGCAAGGCCUGUAUCAGCGGAUACUGGAACAGCACUGCCCUGUGCCAGUGUCCACUGUGUAAGGAGACAUUCAACAGAAGACCUGAACCAAACACCAACACAACACUCAGAGAUGUUGCAGAUCAUUUUAAGAGGAUGAAGGUGAAAGACGGAGAGGAGUCAUCUUCCAAUCCUGGAGAAGUAGCACAAGUGCAGCAGAUGAUUCAGGAGCGACUGCAGAAGGUUAGGGAGAUCAAAUACUCAGUAGAGCUCAGCCAGAGAGACGCAGAGAGAGAGAUAGCAGGAAGUGUGGAGGUCUUCACUGCUCUGGUGCGCUCCAUUGAGAGAAGUCAGGAAGAGCUCAUUGAAGUGGUUGAGGAGAAGCAGAAAGCAGCUGAGAGGCGGGCUGAAGGGAUCAUUGAAGUGGUUGAGGAGGAAAUCACUGAGCUACAGAGGAGAGGCACUGAGCUGGACCACCUCCACCUCCUUCAGAACUCCCCAUCCCCGAUCAAGGACUGGUCUGAGAUCAGUGUUCCCAGGGAUCUGCAUGUAGGAACUGUGAGGAGAGCUCUGUCUCAGCUGGAGCAGACACUUCUGAAAGAGAUGGAGAAGUUGUGUAAUGCUGAGCUGAGGAGUUUACGACAGUGGUCAGUGGAUGUGACUCUGGAUCUUGAUACAGAACACCCCAAGCUCAUUGUGUCGCAGAACAGGAAGCAAGUGAGCUUUCAAGGCACACAGCGGAAUAUCCCUGACAAUCCAAAGAGGUUUAGUACACGUUUUGCUGUCCUGGGAAAGGAAGGCUUCUCCUCAGGGAGAUUCUACUUUGAAGUUCAGGUUAGGGGGAAAAUUAAAUGGGUGUUAGGUGUGGCCAGAGAGUCCAUCAUCAGGAAGGGCCCAACAGCUAAAAGCCCAGAUGGUGGACUCUGGGCUCUGUAUAUGAAGGGUGAGAAUAAGUAUGAGGUCAAGGAAACCCCCCCUAUCCCCCUCUCCCUCAGCCAGAAACCCCAGAAGGUGGGGGUGUUUGUAGAUUACGAGAAGG